CAUUUCCAGGGUGGCGUGCGCUUUGGCGAAGACCUAAGGGAAAUCAGCGCUGAUAUCACCGUUCCUACAUGCAGUGUAGGCCAGCCAUACAGCCCGUAUUCCACAUAUGAAUCAGACGGUUGGGUCGGUAUGGGCGGGUACUCAAAGGUCGGAGGCUUGAUCCAGACUGGCGUAUCUUGUUUCGCACAGAAAGGCACUUCUACAAGCUACAAAAUCUGGACAGAAUAUUUCCCUGCUCUUCAGGACUUCUAUAACGAUACCGACAUUCAGGCAGGAGACGUUAUCUCUGCGCGUGUUGUUGCACACAACAAGACUUCUGGCACAACAUACCUUCACAACAAAAGAACUGGCAAAAGAUACUCGACGACAUACAUUAACCAGACCUCUGAACUCACUUUCCGAGAUGUGGAAUGGAUCACCGAGUCCCGCUUGUACCUAAACAUACUAGGCCCACAAGGACACCUUGAUGCCAAGUACACCCCGUGGCAGUUCCGUGAUGCCCGAUACGUGUCGAAAGGUUGGUGUCUCUGUAAUUAUAUGCUCUUGGUCUCUUGCUAA